UGUAGCCAGAGCAGUUUGAACCAUGGGGGAGCUGUUCCGCAGCGAGGAGAUGACACUGGCGCAGCUCUUCCUUCAGUCAGAAGCGGCUUACUGCUGUGUCAGUGAGCUGGGAGAGCUGGGCAUGGUCCAGUUCAGAGACCUGAAUCCAGACGUAAACGUGUUCCAGCGCAAGUUUGUGAAUGAAGUGAGAAGAUGUGAGGAAAUGGACAGGAAACUACGUUUUGUGGAAAAGGAGAUUAGAAAAGCCAACAUCCCUACAGUGGACACAGGAGAGAAUCCUGAGGUUCCUUUUCCCCGGGACAUGAUUGACCUGGAGGCCACGUUUGAAAAGCUGGAGAAUGAGCUGAAGGAGAUCAACACAAACCAGGAGGCUCUUAAGAAGAAUUUCUUGGAGCUAACUGAACUCAAGCACAUUCUGCGGCGAACACAGCAGUUCUUCGAUGAGAUGGAGGACCCUAACCUGCUGGAGGAAUCUUCUGCUUUGAUGGAGGCCAGUGAGGGAGGCCGCGGAGCCCCUCUUAGGCUGGGGUUUGUGGCUGGUGUCAUCAGUCGAGAGAGGAUUCCCACCUUUGAGAGGAUGCUAUGGAGGGUGUGCCGUGGGAAUGUCUUUUUACGGAAAGCAGAGAUCGAAGACCCUUUGGAGGACCCCACUACGGGCGAUCAAGUCCACAAAUCAGUGUUCAUCAUCUUCUUCCAAGGAGACCAGCUGAAGAACAGGGUGAAGAAGAUCUGUGAGGGGUUCCGGGCCUCUCUGUAUCCCUGUCCUGAAACCCCACAGGAGCGGAAAGAGAUGCUAGCAGGAGUCAACAGCCGCAUUGAUGACCUCCAGAUGGUCUUAAACCAAACCGAGGACCACCGGCAGAGAGUGUUGCAGGCGGCUUCUAAGACCAUGCGGGUAUGGUUCAUCAAAGUGCGAAAGAUGAAGGCCAUCUACCACACACUGAAUCUGUGCAACAUCGAUGUGACCCAGAAAUGUCUAAUCGCUGAAGUCUGGUGUCCUGUCUCAGACCUGGACUCUAUUCAGUUUGCUCUUCGCAGGGGAACCGAGAGAAGUGGCUCAACGGUGCCCUCUAUACUCAACAGGAUGCAAACCCAACAGACUCCUCCAACCUUCAACAAGACCAACAAAUUCACAUCCGGGUUCCAGAACAUUGUUGAUGCUUAUGGCAUUGGAAACUACAGAGAAAUUAAUCCAGCUCCUUACACCAUCAUCACAUUUCCCUUCCUGUUUGCGGUCAUGUUUGGGGACAUGGGACACGGACUGCUGAUGACCUGCUUCGCCCUGUACCUGGUCAUACGGGAGAGUCGCCUUCUGGCACAGAAGAGUGACAAUGAGAUGUUCAACAUGGUGUUCGCUGGACGCUACAUUAUUCUUCUCAUGGGAAUGUUCUCAGUCUACACUGGCAUCAUCUAUAAUGACUGCUUCUCCAAAUCCCUCAACAUGUUCGGCUCUGGCUGGAGUGUGCGACCCAUGUUUGGCCCAAAAGGCGCAAACUGGUCGUUUGAAACACUGGAUUCAAACGCAGCGCUGCAGUUGGACCCAGCUAUACCAGGCGUGUUUAAUGGACCUUAUCCUUUGGGAAUUGAUCCGAUUUGGAACAUUGCCACCAACAAACUGACCUUCCUCAACUCGUUCAAGAUGAAGAUGUCUGUGAUCCUCGGUGUCAUUCACAUGAUCUUUGGAGUGUCUCUCAGUCUGUUCAACCACAUGUACUUUAAGAAGCCCCUGAACAUCUUUCUGGGGUUCAUUCCAGAGAUUGUGUUUAUGUCCUCUCUCUUUGGCUACCUGGUCCUGUUAAUCUUCUACAAAUGGACUGCAUAUGAUGUUUACAACUCUAAGGACGCCCCCAGCCUUCUUAUCCACUUCAUCAACAUGUGUCUGUUCAACUACAACGACCCUACCAACAAGCCUCUGUACCGGGGACAGAUGGGGAUCCAGAUUUUGUUGGUCCUGAUUGCCCUUGCAUGUGUCCCCUGUAUGCUGGUUGUUAAAACUAUGGUGCUUCGGCGUCAGCACCUAUGGAAAAAGCACCUGGGCACGCAGAAGCUUGGAGGGGUGCGAGUGGGCAAUGGGCCCACAGAGGACGAGGCUGGCAUCAUGGACCACGACCAGCUAUCCCAUCACUCUGACGAGGGGGACGAGCACACUGUGGAAGAACCAUUCAAUUUUGGAGAUGUGGCGGUCCACCAGGCCAUUCACACCAUAGAGUACUGCCUGGGCUGCAUCUCCAACACAGCCUCCUACCUGCGCCUCUGGGCUCUCAGUUUGGCUCAUGCACAGCUGUCCGAGGUCCUCUGGGGUAUGGUGAUGCGUCUGGGCCUGUCCUCGCGCAGUGGAGGGGGCUUUUUUGGCUUGUCAAUCAUCUUCUCAGCCUUUGCCACACUCACUGUAGCGAUCCUUCUGGUCAUGGAGGGGUUGUCCGCCUUCCUGCACGCCUUGCGUCUGCACUGGGUGGAGUUCCAGAACAAGUUUUACUCAGGCCAGGGCUUUAAAUUUGUCCCAUUCUCGUUUGAGAGUAUCCUGGAGGGUCGCUUUGACGAGUAGAGACAGAGUGCAGUCUAAAACCCCUCUAAACAUGCAUGAACCUCCCUGAUGCCCUCUUCUGCCUCCUAGUGCUGAUUGUGGUGUUUGUGGUAACAUUGUGUACAAGUGACAAGAUUGAGCACUGUUGCUUAUCAUUCAUUGUGGAUCAUCCAAAACUGAAAAAAAACCAAAAACAAAUGAAAAAUCAAGUACAUUCAAUUGAUACUCAUAGGAUAAUCAAAGGGUCUAGCUAAUUAAUCCCAUGAUCCAGAGCAGAGUCCUUGUUACAAUUAUGUUUUUACAAUUGUGUUGUGUUUUUUUGUUCAUUUGUUCUUUUUAUUUUACCAUUAUUUCUUAUUCAAGGGAGACCAGGAUUAUUUAUUUAUUAUUUAUUUAAUCAGUAUAUAUGUUAUGGUCUUGGAACAUCAGCACACUGGGAGCUGAAUGAUAUGAAAGUAAUUAGAAGUGUGAUGAAUUAUAUUUUUUUAGUUAUUUUAUUAUUACAGUAUUUGCACAUAUCAAAUGUUAAAAUCACCAGUCAGUUAAGAUCAAUUGUAAUUGUACAUUAAAUGGUGAAUACAAUAAAUAAAUACAAUCUCUGUGUGAACUACUGUGUGAUUGUGUCUAAAGAGAUGUGA